CAAAACUUCAGUUUGCUGCACAUAGAGUCCAGGACGGAGUGAAACCCUAGCUCUUGACACACGCUGUGUACUUCGCUAUUCUUAAAGACAUUUUUGUUCUUCCAGGGUGACGCCUCCUUCUGUGGGUGUCGAACUGGGAAUUUUUGUUUCUGCCGCAAACUGCCUGAAGCAGCAUGACGCCUUCCAGUGGCUCGCUCAUGCCCAUCCCACAGCAUGAUAUUACAGGUGUUUUGAGUACGGUUAAUGGGAGUACCAAAUGGGGGAUUUUCAUAUCCUUCUUCAACUUGGUAUAUGGAUACUUACUGGUGGCGUCCCAGCUUCGUCCAGACCCCAGGCAAGACUCUUGGCUGCUGAUGAGGUCUCCACUGCCCACAUAUGUCCUCUCGGUAGCGUAUGUUGUCGGAGUUACUUGGCUCGGCCCGAGACUCAUGGCGUACAGGAAGCCAAUGGAGAGUCUUCGUCCUUUCAUGGUCGUCUACAAUGCUUUUCAGGUCGUUUUCUCUUUCUGGUUAAUGUAUGAGAGCGGCAUGGGAGGCUGGUUAACUAGCUACGACAUCCGCUGCCAACCUUGCGACUUCUCGGACAGCCCAGAAGCUCUUAGGAUGCUUCACGCCACUUACUGGUACUACUUCUCUAAGUUUGUGGACUUCCUCGACACAGUAUUCUUCGUGCUCUGUAAGAAGUAUGAGCACAUUUCACUGUUGCACGUCGUCCACCACUCCUUAAUGCCCGUCAGUAUGUGGUUCGGAGUGCGAUACCAGCCAGGUGGUCACAGUACCCUGAUGGGCUUCCUUAACUCCUUCGUACACACUGUGAUGUACCUGUACUACCUGCUGGCAGCCAUGGGUCCCCGCGUCCGUCCUUAUCUCUGGUGGAAGAAGUACCUCACUACCCUCCAGAUGUUGCAGUUUAUUGCCAUUAUGAUACACUCUGUCCAGUUGGCGUUUAUCGAGUGCAAGGUGCCAACACAGAUAACCUGGUGGGUCUGUGGUAACGCCUGUAUGUUCCUUGUCCUCUUCGCAAGCUUCUACCAGCAGGCUUAUAUCCGAGAAAUGACCACGCCCAGGCAUAUGGACUUGAUUGGUGGCUUUAACCAGAGCAGUAAUGUCAGCAGAGUGACGAGACUUGAGGUGCCCAGAGGAGAUAUUCUCACAGGCUGUAGAAGAAAGAUGUGUGGGGAAGGUCAAUUUUGUCCCAGGAUGCGACCCACUCCAGUCGACUAACACCCAGGUACCUGGACAGCAGGUAAACAUUGGACAUAAGAACAUAAGAAAGAAGGAACACUGCAACAGGCCUACUGACCCACGCGGAGCAGGUCCAUGUCCCCCCCCCCCGGAUUAGACCAAUGACCCACCCCCCGGAUUAUCCCAAUGACCCACCCAGUCUGGUCAUCCCCACUCAAGGAUGGAGCACGGCACCAGACCCAGCAGCAAAGCUAGUCAGGUCCAACUCACACCCACCCACACCCACUCAUGUAUUUAUCUAACCUAUUUUUAAAACUACACAACGUUUUAGCCUCAAUAACUGUACUCGGGAGCUUGUUCCACUCAUCCACAACUAUAUUACCAAACCAGUGCUUUCCUAUAUCCUUCCUGAAUCUGAAUUUUUCCAACAGU